AUGUGCUCCAACGUCGAACAUGAUGACACAAGAUCUUCUCUACAUACCCUCCUGUGGGAAAGAAAGGCUCGGCACAGCGACCCGCGAUCGCAGUUCUACUGGCCAUAUGAACUGUUGAUUAGUCUGAUGACUCCGAGCAUUGCCUACAGCGAACUCAUCUCCUCAUCGAUAAAGGAGAGGAAUGUAGCAAAAUACCGAGACCUCAUCCUGGGUCGUUAUGGGAGCCGACCAACAGCCUCGCCCAAGACCUAUCGCCGCAUCCUCGCCAUCCUCGUCUUGCAAAACCGCGUGAGCGACAUUGGCAUGUUCCUGAGAGAGAAGCUUCACGAUGAAUUGUUCCCGUUAGAUCGUUCUGGAGGUCGUGAAAUUGCCGUGAAAUGUUUUGAGUCACUUGAUUGGGGAGAUGAGGAUAUCCAUUGUUUCAAUAGUACAGAAUUGAACAUACGUCAGUAG